UUUGUAUAUGCUUUUUACAGCAACGGCUGGCUCGGUGUAGACUUGGCUGACUCAGCAGUAGCUGCAGCCGACUUACUAACAAUGUUUUUCAGGUGCACUUAGUAGGUCUAGUGGUGGAGCCCUCUAUGUGACUUGUUCAUCACUGGUUCACAAAGGCAAGAUGUAAACUAAAAGCUUGCCUCAGAAGCAAAUAUCCAUUACCCCAAUAGAAGCUGCCGGCACGGCAUUCAAUCAAACUUCUGUACUGGAACUUGUACAACUGGGAAAUGAACAAAGCUUUUAUCAUGAAAGUAGUGUCCAUGUUUUUUCUUGCGCUUGUCUUUCUUCAAUUUAUUUUAUUUUCGGAUAACUAGAUGUCUUGUUAGGAUAAUAAAGAGAGACAUAAUUACGUGGCAGACAAUCACAACCAAUCUGAAAUCGAAAAUGAGUCGGGCGACAUCGACCAUCAGCAUGAAACGGCAGAGGAAUUGGACAUUUGAUGAACAAUUACAACGAAUUCGGGCAGUGGGGGAGCAAAAAUAUCUAAUUAUGGGGAAGAUCAGUGCUAUGAUCAUGACCCAAACAAAAAGACAGGCAUGGGACGAAAUUUACAGAGCCAUGGGCUGUUUGUGCACCCCAGACCAGUUACAGCAGUGCUGGAGGAACCUUUUAAAGAAGACCAGACAACUGUACAGCUUAUACAAGAAGCAUAAACAGCGCACAGGUGCUGGGCCAAACCCCCAUGUCCUGACGCCCCUCGUCGAAGCCGUCCUCGAGGUGAUCGGCGAGGACUCUCCCAACCUGUGCGGGUUGGAUGCCACCAUAGGUGACACGGGAGGGCAGGUGACUGGUUUCGAGACCCGGUUGUGUGGCGAUGACAGCUCCAGGGGAAUAGAUCCACAGCCUGGUCCCUCUGGGAGCGGAGCAAGUGCGGAAGUGCUGCACGAGAGUCUGUCACAGGAGGUGGUGCAGCAAGCUCUAACAAAUGUGCCGUACAGCCGACGUUGGUGCGAGGAGGCUUCACAGCGGUUCCUGCUGGAGACAAGAGAGGCAGCAGCAGCUGGAGGGACCAAACCUCCUGCUGGAGGAGGAGUGCACAGAAAGGGUUAUGCAAGCUGCCACGACAACGAUCGCAGCAGCAACUGCUGCAGAGGAGUUCUACCGUCAGUCAAAAAAAUUACUAGAAGAGCAAAAAAACUUUAACUGGACUGGAAACACAGUGUGCAGAAUUGCAAAUCAAAUUGUUAAAAAACAAUUAGGAGAAGAGUAAACAUUGACAUAUUAUGCUGUUUUUAAUUUUUAUUUUGAAUGUAUUUGUUCACAUAUGACAAAGCCAACAUAGCUGCUGAGAAAUAAAAUU